AUGCUGUCUCAGAUACACAAAGCCUACACUUUGGAGUACAAUAUCCCCAAUCAUAAUGUCAUACAAGAGGUAUCAGUCUCUCCGUGCGAUUCGGACCCCUGUGUCCUCAAAAAGGGAACGACCGGUACUUUUAGUGUCACUUUUGUAGCACCGGAUGACUCGAAGAAAUUAACGGCACAGAUGUCGGCAAUUAUUGGUGGUCUCCGACUACCGGCCCCACACUUUGACCGCAAUGUAUGCAAUGGGUAUGGCGUGGAGUGUCCGGUGACCAAAGGAAACCGAUAUAACUACAAGUAUGUGAUGAAAGUGUUGCCCGAAUACCCGGCCAUUAGGACUACAUUUAGACUCUCAGCGAAGGAUGACAAAGGAAACAGUGUUUUCUGUUUCAAAAUGCCCGUCCGUUUGGUUAACUCGUAAUCUCCAGUACUUUGUAUCAAAUUUAAGUCUAAUCUCAUCUCGAGUUUCAUCUGUAAUUACUAUAACGUCUUAUCAGUA